CAGAGUUACGACAUAAUACGCCCACACUGAAAUGUGGGCGUAUAAAAAGUAAACAUUCUUUUAAGUCUGUCAUGUUAUGAUGAAGUGUGCACCAAUAAACAAGAGACCGUAGAAUACACGACUCGCGGUGUACUGAUUGUAAAAAUGUUCACUGUGUCUUAAACAGUUGAUAAGAAAAUCUCAUAUUUUAACAAAGAACAUAAGGUUGGGGACCAGUGAAUAAUUUCAUUUAGCAAAUUAAACUUUGGUAAAGCAACAACAUGCCGGAAUAUGACAAGCUAGUUUUACUGUGUUUAUUUCUUAAAACUGUAAUGACUGCUAAUGGUUGUGAACCCGCGGAAAAAAAAUAUGUUUUAGAAAACAAAAAUGUUUUGGCGAGCCCUUGGACAAGAAUGACAUCCGUAGAGAGUCGAAGUUUAUGUGCUUUUGAAUGUCAAAUCGAACUGUACUGUGUGGCCUUUGCGUUUAAUGAACAUGACAGGGAAUGUUAUCUGUAUGAUAGAGAUAUUACCGGUGAAGUUUAUGAUCAACAUUUGAACACAAAUAUUUACAUAAGUAACACAAGAUGUGGGUUAUUACCUACCAAAGAAAACGCAUCACCAGAAUCAAUGCAAGCUACAUAUGCUGCUGGUGCUAGAGUUAACUACAUAUGUAGUUCUGGUUGUAAUUUAGACGGGUCGCCUCAGGCGCAUUGCCUUCCAUCUGGUGAUUGGCACAUUCCAACAUUUACAUGUAAAGCAAUGAAAUCAUGCCAGGAAGCUUACAAUCUGGGGGUAACUGUUACACCAACCGUAAUCAUCAGACCAGAUCCAAAUGAAGAAGCUGUGACGGUAUCUUGUGAGAUUACAAACAAUGUUGUUUAUACUGUUAUAGGUCAUGAUGUAGCCAAUAAAACGUAUGUAACAGGUUACGAAGCAGCCAGAAGUUAUGUGGGAACAAUAAACUACAAUGUUGAUCUGCAACAAGUUAUAAACAUAGUUGAUGUCUCAGCCGAAUGUGAACAAUAUAUUAAAUUUGAAUGUCAUGGUGUUGAAAUAACUGUAGAUGUUGGAUUAAAUACACGUACUGGUACAUUAGCAACUUAUUUAAUAGGGGGAGUCAAGGGUCAGAAUGAUUGCGCCUGUCAUCGUAAUAAUGCCUGUGUUGAUGAUUUGCCUUGUAAUUGUCAAAAGAAUGAUGGUGUAUUAAGAGUUGAUGAGGGGUAUAUUCGAUAUAAAGAAGACCUUCCAAUUACUGCUAUCUUGAUCGGUGAUACGGGAGGCAGUGAUGAGUUCGCAUAUUAUACAAUCGGUAAUCUCGUGUGUAAAGGAUAAUUAAAAGAUAAAGUUGGAUUAAAGGAGUCACGGUGCCUAAGUGGGUAAGACGCUGGCUCGCUAGCCUGGAGAUACAUCUAGUUGGAUACCUACUGUAAACAGAUACAUUCAUAUAAAUUAUAUGGGUUUUAUUUUACAUAGUUAUUGUCAAAUUUCUAACCCAGUUUAUUUUAUAAUCAUCUAAUUAAAUUUUCGAUGACUAUAAACAUUUCAUGGGUAGUUAUUUUCCCAACAAAACCACUGACAUUGUUUUAAUUAAUUUCAUUUUGAAGUGUGUUAAUGAAUUUGAUUUGAAAAUUUACAAUAAUUUUAUCCCUGCUUUGACCCCCCCCCCCCCCGACCGCGCCCACGCACCUUAGACUUUCUGUAUUUAUACUCUGAGAGUCGACAAUUCUAGUUUUUGAUCUGCAACUGUGCCGUGUUAAGCUAGAGGCAAAUGUACCAUAUGAUAUGCGGCCCACAUUUUCAAGCCCUCCACUCUAAGUGUUUCAACUUAUCAAUAACAAUGUAGAAAUUUAAUUACUUUACUAUGAAAGUAAAAUAUUUGUUUGUUGUAAUAUUGAUGUUUAUUUAUUAAAUUAGACCACAGUAAUAACACAUGUUACAUUCACUGCACUUGCUUAAUGGUUUUUACAUAUAACUGAACAUUGAUGUUUUUAUAUUUUAUUGUAUUCUUGAUCCAAUUCGUGCCACACCAGUCCAAUUCUAGACCGAAAUCUUCCCCUCUAUAUAGUACUAUGUACACAUAUAAAGGUAAACUCCACUAGACACAAACUAAGUCACUUUAGGACUAAAAUAUGUUACAAUUUAUUUAAAUAAUUGGCUUACCCACAGUAGUCUUUAGCAGUGAUAGAGCAAGGAGAAAACCCACGUGGUUCGGCAGGCGACCCUACUUCUUGUCACAAACAAGCGUUGGGAUCAGGGGCGUACAUAACGAUUUUGUUUGGGGGGGUGUUUAGCCAAAAUGCGACCGACUGAUUCCCAUACCCCUAGUACGAGUGACGCAGUCAGGAGCCGAGCACCAUAGGUGCGAGUUUUGUAGGGGCCAUGUGCAGUAGCGGAUCUAGAUAGGGGUGGGGGGCAAAUCUAGGGCGCCACCCUAGCCACAAUCCCACCCCACAAUGAAUGUCAACAAAAUACUGGCUUUAACAUUAAGUCUUCCGGUAGAACAUAGAUGAUAUUGUAUAAUUAUAUAGUUGUUUGCCGAUCGUUGUCUCGCCGGAAAGCAGUUUUAUUUAAGUUGACAUAAAGUUUAUGUCAUAUAUGAUUGUGCCUAUAACACUGAGCAACCUGAGAAAAUUUUGAAAAAUUGAGUCAAUAUCUUGGCAUUUGAGGUCAUUGCUGGGAGAAAUUCUUGUGGACGAGAGGACCAGAAAUGUGAAUCAAUUAGACAAAAUCUCGAGAUCUGCCCCUGUCAAUUCCGCCUGUUUUGCAAGAGUUGACAGAACUUUUGUAUAGUCUGACGCCCCACGAUCCACACACCAGUGGUACGACUAAUAUAACUGGGCAGUUCACUAUAACCGUGAAUAUGAUAGUGCUGAGACAGUAUAAGACAACAGAGGAGUGGAAGAAUGAUGUUAUAAUGGAAUCGAGCGCCGCAGGCUCGAAAAAAUUUCAGAUGUGUAACCGAGCUUUUAAUUUUUGGGACUGGGCCUGACAAUUUUAGUCAAUGUCAUGGCAAAUGGAUCCUCGUUAAUGAGAGGAUAAGAAAUGGGACAGAAUCUUGAGGCCUAUCUGUCAAUGUCGCCUGUGUUGUGAGAGUAGAACUAACAAUUCUACAGUCUUUUGACCCACGACUCACUCACUAGUGGUACUACUAACUGGGCAAUUCACUGUAACUGUGAAUAUGAUAGUGAUGAGAUAGUAUAAGACAGAGAAGGA